CCCUCAAUAUGGCAGCGACUGUCAACUUCAGCAUCGCUACCAGGGCUAGGUGGGGGGCUGAGCCUCCCCUCAGUAAAGUGUCCCUUAAACACCCCGUCCCCUACGUGCGGACCAUAGGGGUGGGCUACGUGGACGCUUGUACUACGGAGGAGGAGUGUGUGAAACAGAUGAAGGCCAUACAAAAACACGACAUGUACGAUGGCAAGCAGCAGGAUAUCCAGGCUAAUUUCCUGAUAGGUGACGAUGGGAAGGUGUAUGAAGGAAGAGGCUGGUUCAGCGCACCUCCAGAUUACCAGGUGCCAAAAGCUUUCCACGGAAAAUACCUCCUGAUAGGCCACAUUGGCGGGAAAUCAACUGUAAAGCCUACGGAGAAAUUCGUCGAGGCGAAAGAAAAUCUUAUCAAGAUGGGAACGAAACGUAGGUUCAUCAUGGAUCCACAUUCUGUAAUUUAA